GCUGCUGACCGGCUGUUUCUCAGGCUGGACUCUGACUCUGACCUACCCUCAGUCAGGACCUGGACCUGAACCACCUUGACCUGCAGCUGCUUUGAGGAUGAGACACACUUGGAAACUGGACUGUGUGCAUCUUUGAACAGCUAAGUGACGACCCCUCAUCAGGUGGAUUUAAAGAAGCCGAGACUUUUACGAUGGAUGAGUCGACUGAGGUUCGAACGGACGGCAAUUCUCUGCUGAGGGCUGUUUAUUUAUGUCGUCUGCGUCUGACCCGCCUCCUCUUGGAGGGAGGGGCCUACAUAAACGAGAGCAAUGAACAAGGCGAGACUCCUCUUAUGGUGGCCUGCAAGACACGGCAUACAGAUUCACAGAGUGUCCCUAAACUCAAGAUGGUCCGGUAUCUUCUAGAAAACGGAGCAGAUCCAAACAUCCAAGACAAGACCGGGAAAACAGCUCUGAUGCACGCCUGCCUCGAACAAGCCGGAGCAGAAACUCUGUCUCUCCUGUUGAGCAGUGGAGCUGAUCCAACACUGGAGGAUCGCACAGGUUUAUCAGCAUUGGUGUACGCUGUCAAUUCAGGAAACAGCGACAUCCUGAGGGUCCUCCUGGAUGCCUGUAAAGCCAAGGGGAAGGAGGUGAUCAUCAUUACCACAAACAAGCUGCCGUCCGGCCACCAGAUGACGAAGCAGUACCUCAAUGUCCCUCCACCUCCUGACCUUGAGGAGCGGAUGCACUACACUCCAACAUCCUGCAUGUGGCCGUAUGAGUUCCAGCUACGAACUCCUCCACAGGGCUCCUCAGCAAGCGCUUCCCCCCAACCUGGCAGCCCCCUUCUUGGUCUCAGGGAUCCCCAAUGUUUCCACUCAGGGCCUGGCUUUAUCACAUCUCGCCCAAAUUCUCCAAUCCAACAUCCUAGUCCUUUACGUAUUCCUGGGGUGGACAAACGACUGAACCUCCAGAGGCUGCAGUCCGAGCCGUGGUCCAAAAGUCCUUCCCUGUUACUCCAGCAGAGCCAGGCCUCUUCUCUAACAGAGGAGCCAUCAGAAAUAACUCUUGAGGAAGAGUGGUCCUUCAGAGUCAACGACCUUGCCUUCCAUGGAAGACCACCAGCUGUUUCACGCCACCACAGCAUUGAUGUCAAAGACUCAUCAGGGCUUCUGAGAGCAUUAGAAAUGUCUGGGAAUGAGACAAGAGGAGUAGGAGGAAGAAGGGUCUUUGGUAGGAAGAUGUCUUAUGACAGUGCUGCAUGUUCACUGCACUCUGCCUCCCACCCAAACCUGCUCCAAGACACUCUGCAGAACGUGGUCCGUCGGAGGAACAUUGGCAUCAACCACUACAGUUCAGACUCUCAGUUAGCACAGUUUGGCAGCCAAGAUAACAGCUCCAAGAACGUGGGUGGAGCUAGAGCAGAACCAGAGAGAAACAAGCUAGCAGGCAGCGGAUCCUCUACUCUGUCAGGAUCCAGGGAGUCCUUGGAGAGCUUUGUCCCGAGACGAGGAGCAACAGGACUGGAGCGAAGAGGUUCAGGAGCACUUCUCCUGGAUCACAUCGCCCACACUCGCCCAGGAUAUCUCCCUCCUCUGAAUCCCCACGCUCCUAUACCAGAUAUCGGGGUCAGCUCGAGUGCGUCCUACCCGUUGAGUGGAAGUAGCAAGACACUGAACGGUGCUCUUACAGGGUCCAAGCCUUUUCUACCCUGUGCACCUGCUUUCCCAAGGGAUCCUAAAUCCAAGAAAAUGCUGUGGAGGCGCCACUCCAUGCAGAGUGAGCAGAUCACACAACUAGCCAACUUCAAGGAAACGUUUGGCCACUAGAGGAAAUCACUGCAUGCAUCAGGGGGAACACUUUGCUCCAUUACUAGUUUCAUUUAUUGCUGUACUGACUCAUAGUCCAUGGCUGGUGCCAGCUCAUGCGCACUUUUAAGACUCAACACAGCGGAUGCCCUGUUCAUGACAGACUUCAAGUCACAAGGACAAUCAGGGGUGUGAUGUCAUUAAACAUUCAAAAAGAAUAAACAUGAAGAUUACAACACGUCACUUCAGUAUCUUUGUUCAAACUAUUUGAGAAACACUGAGAAACCUUCGGUACAGUGAUGAAUGAACAAGUUCUUUACUGACUGACCUGGAUGACAGGUAGUUCCCCCCAAACAGGAAUAAGAAGGUUAACCCUGUUGUACCUGAUGGUUUCUGAUGGUUUCUGAUUGUGGAUGGGGCCCUUAAUGGGCAUGAAAUAAAAUGUGUUU